AAGUCAUUCAGUAACAGUGGUCAGUGAUAUCGUAUGGACCUUUCGAUCUGAACGAAAUAUCAACAAUAUGAAAUUGUAUCAACGAUAUUAAUAUGGCGCUGAUAGUGGACUACCUAUAGAUAGGUUCAUUGACAUGGGUUUUACUUCACAAAGUCUUGUUUUACUCCUAAAUCUUAUAAAUUUGGUUUACUUAACAGAAACGUUGAAAAAUUCUACAGCUCGUUCAGACACGAAUAAAGGUAAGCCUAUGUGGCAAAAUUUUAAAUAUAUAUUUAGAACUUUAAUGCAGAUUUUAAUGAUACGAUACUAUUAAACUUUUGCUGAGGAAUGCUAGCUAUAUUUUUAUAUAUGUUGUAUUUGUAUAUAUAUAUAUAUAAAUAUAUAUAUGUGUAUAUUGUACACGUUAAAUAAAUGUAUACAACAUGCAUGCCACGUGUGUUUGCUGAUUAAUAUUCAGUUUGCUGGUGUUGCACUCAUAUAAAUGCCAUGGCAAUGAAUUAUACGCAGAACCAUUUUAUAAUAAAAUGGUUAUCCCUGUUAGGGAGUUUAAAUUUCACGUUUCCGGGAACGGCAAACGACAGGUUCGAACUUUCUUGGCAAACGUUGAACGUUUGCGUUUCAUAUUUUCUUUCUUGCGUCGAAAGAAUAACUAUGUCUAUGUAUUUCAGUUUUAAAACAGCAAGUUCAUUUACUCUUUAUUGCCCGAUACCGUAAAAUUUCUCUUUGCCUGGCGUUUGCCGUUUGACGCGGUAUAACGCGAAGCUUAAACUCUCUAAUGACAUUAAUCGCGGCAAAUAAAAUUCAAGGCAGGUUUUGGGACAAAAUACACCUUUGUUAAAAUGUGUAAAGUUUGAAAUUUUUAAAGACCUCACGAAACUAUACAAGUUUAAAGUUUACUUUGGUUGACUUGUUACUGAACAAUGAUCGCGAGACGCGUUACUGCAUGUGGUCGAUCCAAAGAAACUGAAGACUCAGUGAGACAGUGAACGCCUGCAAUUUUUUUCCAAACAAAAUACAUUUUAGUUGUGUGAAGUUUGAAUCUCUUUCAAAGACUUGCAUAAUGUAAUGGGAUUAACUCGUAACAACGUAACGGUCACAGCAGCUCAAACCUUGGGUGUGGAAACAAUGUUAUAAAGUACCAACAGAACUGUUGAACUUUUUUGAGCUGGCAUGGCUCGCAUUGUUGGGGUAUCAUUAUAGAAUUACGCAAAAUAUAAGAAAAUAUUUGGCCCUUUAUUUGUUAUAUAUUUUUAGAUAUUUCAAUUGCGUAAUUGAAAUUGCUGUUCCGCUCUGCGUCUGAUGACGUACACCAUCGGUAAAUAAAUUGAUAUUUAUUGCAUUUAUUGCUGAACAUGAUCGAAGUAUCGUUGAACACGAAGUAUCAUUGUUUCCAUGUAAAUGCUAGUUGCCAAAAAAUGACUUAGACAUAAACAGCAAUGCACAGUUUUACAGAUGGAAACUUUUGCACUUUCGAUCUUAUCAAAUGGAUUCACCCUCCAUUUUUCGCUCAAUUUCACACCCUAUUAGACUUGUGCAUACAACCGCAAUAAAUGGUACAAUUAUCUAAAAUUGCCCAACUAAGGACUAUAAGUGCACAGGUGAAAUUAACCUUCAUCCACGAGCCUCUGUAACAGUUCAGCAUUGAAGUGAAACAUUGUUGACAUUGACGAGAAAAUUAAUUAUGUAUACCCGGCUCACAACUUGAAUGAAAUACCCACAAUUACAUGCAAUACCAUUUCCAGUACUCUCCGUAUCUUCAUACGAAAAUGUUUUACGAAAACAACCUACCAGCACGCGUAUUGUCUCAUUCAAUAUUUCUAGUUGGAAUGUUGGAAAUGUGAAAAUGUUUUAGACGAUAUAAUUAAAGAAGACAAUUGGUCAAGAGUGGCGCCAUACAAAAUACCAAGAUGUCCAGGGGGUGCGAUAAUGAUUGUGUGAGAGGGGUGUGAGGGAGGUGGGGAUAUGAGGGGGUGUGUUGGGAUGAGGGUGUGUGUGAGGGUGGCUGGAACACAUAGAAAUAAUAGAUAUCUAUUAGUUCUAUGGUGGACCACCUCUCCCUAACCCUGAGUUGAUGGAGAAUACUUGUAAAAUUUCGUUCAUAACUGUUAAGUGUUAGCAUUCAAUUUAAUUCUCGCUCGGGUGAUUCAGCUACUAAUUCACCAUUUGCGUAAUAGACUAAAUUUAGAUCUAAACAAGUCUAGACAAAAAUUUCAUCACAGCUUGAAAGAGCAUCACAAAAUUAGUAAUAUUCCAAAGUUUCGUUGCGAAAUGUUGUAAAAUGCGGAAAAUAUAGCCUUGCGAAGUUUGCAAUUUUCAGUCAUUUUAGAUUACAAAUGGGAAAUUGACAGCCCCAAACCCUCUGAGGCUGUCAAUUUCCCGUUUGUAAUCUAAAAUGACUGAAAAUUGCAAACUUCGCAAGGCUAUAUUUUCCGCAUUUUACAACAUUUCGCAACGAAACUUUGGAAUAUUACUAAUUUUAUGAUGCUCUUUCAAGCUGUGAUGAAAUUUUUGUUGAGAUCAAAAUUUAGUCUAUUACGCAAUUGGUCAAUUCAAUGCAUCUCAUAUUACGACGGUUCCCAUUUAUACGGGUAACGUUGUUUUGUCUAACAUACUAUGGUCUACUGCGAACGAACAAUUUAUUAAAUUUAAAGUAUCUGAAUGCUAAUGUUAAUUGUUCAACUUUUCAUUCGCUCGCAUUACUGAAUGUUGUUCAUUUCAUUUCCCUAGGUGGUGAUGGCGACGACUCUAACGUGACAAUAGCAGUGGUACUAGGAGUUUGUUUAACCGUUCUAAUAUUUGGGUGCAUCGGAUAUUUCCUAUGUCGUGGACAUUUGGAAAAUAAGAGAUUUAUGAAUCACAGACAGUUGCUGAAAAUGGAGAGAUUGAAUAAGGCAAGAACGAACUGGUCACCGAUCUUGUGGCACUGAACAAUGCUAUGCUUGAAAUACCAUGAGUAACUUUAAAUAAUGGGCCAUUCACAAAGGAUGUCCGAGCAGAGGGGGGAGGGGGGUUUGGAAAAUCAGGACAAACUCGGACAUAGGGGAGAGGGGAGUUUUUAGCAAUCCGGAUGUACGAAAUUUUAAAAAAUUCAAAAACAAAUUUCUUUUUCCUCUAUUUUGGACUCUCCUUCCCAUUGUGAAAUUGGCUGAUUUUGACUAUGCGGUUAAUACUAGAUUUUGUUUUAAUUAGUAAUUUAUAUGUUUUUGUAUUCACACUUUUGGGUUAAAAAAGUUCUAAAAGUAAAGUUUUUCUCUUGACAUAUACAAGGUUGCGUGGGUUUUUGCGAGGCAUAGCGGAUGUCCGGGGGGAGGUCACUAAUUCGGACAAUGCCGGACAAGGGGGGGAGGGGGGGUCUGAAAAUCCAUAGUCUAGCCGGACAUCCUUUGUGAAUGGCCCCUAAAUGAAUGAAUGAAUCUUUUCUUUCCUGUAGAAUGGCAAAGAUUCCGGAAGUAAAACAGAAAAUGAGCAAUCGAAAGAUUUCGCCGAGGAAGUUUUAUGAUAAAUAGUACAUAAAAACCUCUGCAAACAUUACAUAUAAUACAUAAAGUUCCGCCCAAUUUCAUGUCUUAGACAUGGAAAGCUGACAUUUCUCCUUCGUUUGGAACUGCAGGUUGUAAAACGCAACAAUCAUACGCCGCUUUAAUUAUGCCAUCAUUCAUCAAAGGAAAAGACACAUCGAGCGAAAAUCAUUAUUAAUUUAUUAGUGAAUGUAAAAAUAAUUUCAAUGACAUCGAUAUCAUAAUAGUGUAAAAUAUGUGCCAUCGUUGUUUGAAUUAAUUUAUGACGUACGACGUAUAAUUUUCUUUAUGACAAUUAUAUGUCUAGUUAAA